AUGAAGCAGAUGGGAACUGUGUUGGAUUAUUGCCGGCGGUUUGAAGAAAUUGCGACAAUGACAGUAGGAGAAAGGGAGGAUGUGCUUUCUACAGUGUUUUUGAAUGGGUUACGACCUGAGAUCAAAGCUGAAGUGAAGCUCCAGCAACCAGAAAUUUUGGGUCGGCCAAAUUCUUUAACUCAAAUUUCAGUUCUAGCCCAAAGAGUGGAAGAAAGAAAUUCAAUCUUGGAAGAGGCCAAAGGAGGGUGCAGUGAGAAACAGUUUCAGAUUGUUUUUCUUGAGGGAGAACAUGAUGAUCCAGAGCAGCAGGAAGAAGAGGAAAAAGAGGAAGUUGCAAUUGAACAAAAUCAAAGCCAUGUGGAGCUAUCCAUCAGCUCGGUGGUGGGAAUACAGGGGCCAAAAACAAUGAAUCUUAAAGGGAGUCCCUACGGUAAAGAAUUAAUUGUGUUGAUUGAUAGUGGGGCUUCCCACAAUUUCAUUGGUUUGGAGGCAGUGGGUAGGUUGGAAUUACUAGUGGUUACAACCCCAUCUUUCAGAGUCAGAGUGGGAGAUGGUUAUCGAGUGACAUGUCAGGGGGAAUGUAAAGCGGUUCUGCUGGAAUUACAAGGAAUGGUUGUGGUUCAAGAUUUUUUUUCUUUUGAAAUGGGGAGCACUGAUGUAGUACUCAGGAUGGCGUGGUUGGAGACUUUAGGGGAAACGGGAAUUAAUUGGAAGAAGCAGACUAUGAAGUUCAAAGUAGGAGAGCGAAUGGUACAACUACGAGGGGAUCCUUCCUUAAGCAAAACACUAGUGUCUUUGAAGGCCAUGAUUAAGAUUGUAUAG